GGGAUUUAAAAAGGGGAGGAAGCUGCACAGGUUCCUGUAUUAGCGUCGCACCGUCGGCAAACAUGAACCCUGACUUUUCCAAAAAUGCAAAGGAGCGGCCGGAGCCGUUUAAGGCAGAAGUCAAAGGAAGCAUUCCCAGCUGGCUGCAGGGGACUCUCCUGCGUAACGGACCUGGGAUCUUCUCUGUAGGGGAGACCAGCUAUGAGCACUGGUUUGAUGGCAUGUCAAUACUGACCAGCUUCACGGUCAAAGAUGGUGAAGUGACCCAUAGAAGUAGGUUCCUGAGAAGUGACACUUACAAUGCAAACAUGGCUGCAAACAGGAUAGUUGUGUCUGAAAUGGGAACGAUGGCCUAUCCAGACCCAAGCAAGAAUCUUAUAUUUAAGGCGAUCACGUUCCUGAACCACACUGUGCCUGACUUCACCGACAACGGUGCGAGCAACAUCAUAAAAUAUGGGAAUGACUAUUACGCCACUUCUGAGACCAACUACAUUCGCAAGAUCGAUCCGGUUACCCUUGAAACUCAGGACAAGGUGGACUACUUGAAGUUCUUGCCGGUAAACCUGGCUUCAUCGCACCCACACUAUGACAAAGAAGGCAAUGCCUACAACUUUGGGACUUCGAUAGCAGAGAAGGGAAAGACCAAAUACACUCUGUUCAAAGUCCCGGCUCGGUCAGAGAAAGACAAAGACAGGAAUGUUCCUGCCCUGAAGAACGUGCAGGUGGUCUGCACGGUUCCCUGCCGCUCUCUGCUCACGCCCAGCUACUACCACAGCUUCGGCAUGACGGAAAACUACAUCGUCUUCAUCGAGCAGCCGUUCAAGCUGGACAUUCUCAGGAUGGCCACGGCCUACAUGAGGGGAGUGAACUGGGCGAGCUGCAUGAAGUACUGCCCUGAUGAAAAUACUCUGAUCCACCUGAUUGACAAAAAUACUGGCAAAAAGGUUGAGAUCAAGUUCUACACUGGAGCAAUGGUCGUCUAUCAUCACGUGAACGCUUUUGAGGAUGACGGUCACGUGGUCUUUGAUGUCAUUGCUUACGACGAUAUCAGCCUUUAUGAGAUGUUCUACCUGAGCAAGCUGAGGGAACCUGCUGGUUCCCAAGGCCAAGGCUACUCCAAACCAAGUUAUCGCAGAUUUGCACUUCCUGUUCACUCGGACAAGAGCGUUGCAGUUGGAGAAAAUAUGGUGAAACUCAAGUACACAAGAGCCAGCGCUGUGAAGGAAAAAGAAGGCAAGCUCGUGUGCCAGGCGGAGGUGCUCUGUGAAGGUUUUGAAUUACCCAGAAUCAAUUAUGACUUCAACGGCAAGAAGCACCAGUUUGUCUACGGGAACAUCGUGGCAGAAUCUGCUUUAACGACACAGAUUGCAAAGUUCGACACGGAGACUAAAACAACGGUUUACUGGGAAGAGGCGAACUGCUGUCCUUCAGAGCCGGUGUUCGUCCCGAGACCAAACGGCGAGUCCGAGGAUGAUGGAGUUGUCCUGGUAUCAGUUAUUAACUCCAGCCCGGGCCAGUCUGGUUUCUUCCUGAUCAUUGACGGCCGAACAUUCAGGGAAGUAGCUCGAGCGUACGUGAAUACUGAGCUCUACAAGGACGUUCAUGGACUUUUUGUCCCGCUCGGCAGUAAUUAA